AUGCUUUUCCAUAUUUUCGAUGCAGUACAUCCUAACGUUCUCUUCAGGAAAGAUAAUGGUGAAACUUACGAUAACUUGGCAUUUAUGCAAAUGGAUGGUAGAAAAUUGAGUGGCGACUGGACAGACAAAUUCGAUUUGGUUAUCAUUUUCGACGCUUGCCACGAUCAGACGAGGCCGGAUCUGGUAGGCAAACAUAUUGUGUUCAUCUUAGCUUGA